GGAGGCAGGUUCGCAGUUCUCCCUCCAGCGGAGCAGAGGGACACAGGUUAAAGGCUCGGGGCUAAAGGAAUUAUUUCCAAUUCCCUGCAAUGUUCUCUCCGCAUCCCCCCGUGUGAUCRCAGCCCUUUCCAGGCUGGAGAAGUUCUCCCCUUUCGCUGCCAAGACAGAGCUGCAGGAGCGGAGAAUUCCUGCGGGAUAAAUAUGCUAAACAUUGCAGGGAGGCAGCGGGAGUCGGGAUGAAAACAUUCCCGUUUAAUGGUUAACCUCUGCCRGGGGAUCGGGAUGAGGGACACCGGCUCCUGCUGAAGGACAAUGACACCCUGCAGUUAUCUUUAUUAUGCUGCCGUCUCCUGGCUAAUUCCGCACGAGAUGGAAGGAAAGCUCCCAUCAAGGUUGUUUACCCAGUAAACGGAUCCCUGAGGAGCUCCAAGGCAAAAACAUUCUCCUGGGACCUGAUUUCCUCAUGUUUUUCUUUGAGCUUGCUGASAGAACAUCCCGGGAAAAUGGACAAACCCUCCACCUAAAGCACAGCUCCUCCUUCGGGAAUGCUCAGUGGAAAAGAGGCACUCAUCCAGCAUGAAAUCCAGUGCAUACCAGAAUUUUGAUACGAAAUGCUUCAAAAAUCAAGACUUCAGGUAAUUGCUGUGGGAUUCAGGACUGCACUCUCACUCUUCUGACUCUUCAACAAGAUGAUCUGAAUAAUUAAUUGGACUAUGAUAACAAGACAGGAUCUUGAAAUAAAAGAUGAACCCACUUCAUGCAAAGAAAUCAAGAUUUUUAGUGUGUCUUGCUGUCUGUACGUUCAUCUACACCUUCAUCUACCUAAAGGUUCCACUUUACGAAGAUUCAAAUGACCAAAAGUUUCGUGUCAAAGAAGCAGAGUGUGGUUUUUACCCGGAUGAACUUUGCUCAGCUCUUUUUGUGGGGAAGCCUGCUGCCUUUAGAAUAGGAAACUUCUGUCAGAAAUCCUACCAGCCCAAACCACUGAGCUGCAUUCACACUCCCUGCAGCUGCCCCACAGUCCUGAAGACUCUGCAUUUUAUCACCAAACCACUGUCAGAUGAGGAAGGAAAUUUCUCCUUGGCGUACAUUAUUACAAUUCACAAGGAGCUGGAAAUGUUUGUGAGGCUGCUCCGAGCUAUUUAUAUGCCUCAGAAUAUUUACUGCAUCCACAUUGAUGAAAAGUCACCCAGAGAUUACAAGACUGCUGUAGAGAACAUCGUUAACUGCUUCGAAAAUAUUUUCAUUUCCUCAAAAAGAGAACACGUUGUUUACGCAGGGUUUUCAAGAUUACAAGCUGAUAUUAACUGCAUGAGAGACCUAGUGAAUUCCAAAGUUCAGUGGAAUUAUGUUAUUAACCUGUGUGGUCAAGAUUACCCCCUGAAAACAAAUAAAGAAAUUAUUCAAUACGUGAAAAGCAAGUGGAACGGGAAAAAUAUCACUCCUGGCAUAGUGCAACCACUUCAUGUGAAACACAGGACACAGGUCAGCUACAGGGAAUACGUCCAYUCUGGAGUGCCAUACGUGUACCCAGCAAAGAGCAGGAAAAGCAAACCCCCACACAACCUCACCAUCUAUUUUGGCAGUGCCUAUUACAUCCUCACCAAGGACUUUGUGCAGUUCACACUGACUGAUGUCCGGGCAAAAGCUCUGCUGGAGUGGUCCAGGGACACCUACAGUCCUGAUGAGCACUUCUGGGUCACCCUCAAUCGUUUGCCAGAUGCUCCAGGGGCUACACCCRAUGCAGGCUGGCAAGGAGACCUAAGAGCCAUUAAAUGGAAAGAUCAAGAAGGAUCCUCCCACAAAGGCUGCAAAGGUCAUUACGUCAGAGACAUCUGCAUCUACGGCCCGGGGGAUCUGCAGUGGAUCACGGAGUCCCCUCAUUUAUUUGCCAAUAAAUUCGAGCCUGCACGGUACCCRCUGGCCAUGGAGUGCCUGGAGAGGCGGCUGCGCCUCAAGGUGCUGAGCCAGGCUCAGGUGCCCAUCGAGCAGCACUGGCGCCUGCAGGAGCACAGUUAUUUCAACAUGAAGCUGGAUCAGUGAGCUGAACCCACCCUGAACCAACAGACACAAAAUAGGAAUGUUCACAGCCACAGGCUUCACUCCCUGCACUAAGGGUAAAGCACAAUACUGUAAUCCCAGAGAAAUAAACGGGUUUUAUUUAUUCCAGUAACAACUGUUAGUGGGUUAAUUCCCAAAGAACAUCUAAAUAGACAAGGGGGGGGAUUUCAUAAUCUGUUAAGUGARUUAUUUAGCUGGAAAAGUCAAUAUUCCUCAUGUUCACAGCCAAAGCAUGACUAACUGGCAUCAAAAUAAUAAAAUGGAAGCAGCGACUGAAGCAAAGAUAAAAUACGGAGAAAUAACAAAUUAAAGUCAUGGCUCCUGAAUGUCUUAGGAAAUGUUUUGAAUAAUGAAGUUCAUGCUCAAAUUUCAGAGGUUGUACUUCAGUGACAGGCAGUUUCUGACACAGUCCAUGCCACUGGGGGGUUUGGGUUUGUUUUUAUUUCCCAUGGCCAGCUGCAUCCCUAAUUUCAUUGUGUAGCAUGGCAACAUCACUGCUGCCCUUGCCAGGCUUUGCUCCUAAUAACAGUCAGAGGGAUCCUGCAAUGCAUUUUUAUCUCAAAGUCCUUGUUCUGAGUCUCUGCAGGAGUUUAGGGCAAGGAGACGUGGAAAAUUUGAGGCUAGGGAUACAGGAAAACUGAGCAAAAGGACACUUUUCCAUCAUUUUUUCAUCCUGGUGUACCUGACUGAGGGAAGCAAAAACCCUGAGCAAGUGCAGUAACACCUGGCAGGGACCAGGACAACUCACUCGAUUAAAAACUAAAAAUUACAAAUAAAAGCCUAGAAGCAAUUUAGAUGUCAGCUUCACCAUGCACCCAAAACAUCCCUCAGUUUUUACAAGAAAAUUGGCUGCAGAUUGAGCCUAUUCCCAAAAAAAUCAAAUGACCCUAGAACAGCACAUGAAAGUUUCUUAUUACAAACUCAUUUCUAGGUUGCUGGAACUUUACUGCUCAUUUUCCCACAGAAGUUUCUCGGAAACAUCAAUUCUUGCAAAUGAACUUUAACCUAAAGAAAGGCCAUCUGGUCCCUAUUUAUUUACAAACUCAACCCCAAGGCGUGUGCUCAGUUUCAUGGAUAAUCCAGGACUUAUCUUGUGGCUAAAUAUUGCUAAAUAUUGCUGCAUAAAUAUGAUCCUUUUUUUAUGGAGGGAAAUAAAGCUAAAAAGGAAAAGGAAAAUAAAAGCCAGGCACAUGUUCAUGCUGAGCUUGUUGAGAGUCUCUCUUCAAACCAUUACUGGAGCUAAUGGGUSUCUGGCAUGUAUUAAUCAUAGCAAUAUUCAUAAUUAAUUUCUCUCCAGUCCACUGUGGGGCACUGCCAGCAUUUAUCCACUCCAUGAUGUCUUUUAAAAUGGGAAUGGAAGGUUCCUUAUUGCCAUCAUUGCAGCAAAUUCAGUCUCCAGCUUUCACCUCUGGCACCAYCACACAGAACAAGUGCUGUGCAUCACUUCCAAAUUGAAUUAAAAUUAAAAAUUCAACAGCGAGGCACUAUAAAACACGGGCUCAUUUUGGAGAAAUUGAACCAGGCAAAAACCCUGCACAAAAAGCCCUCUUAAAAUACAAUUUUGGUAUGACUUGACCCAUGUCAGCCUUGGCACAUCUCUGCAGCAUAACCCUCAUUCCUUUAAGCAUUUUGUAUUUGAAACAAAACUUUAGGAAAAUCAUCACUAAACCAUUCUCAAGUAGUAAAAAUAUAAUAUUCAACUUAUUAUUCUGAUUAUCAUGACCACAUUACCUCCCUGAAACACACAUGAAAAGCCUUCAUGAAUUCUGUGUUACCGUGUUAAGAGUAGAUCAAUCACAACUUUUACACCUCAGCAAGCAAUGUUUGCUGAAUUUGGUGCCCUAAAGGCAGAAAGUGCCAAAGUGACCCUGGUUCCAGGAACCACUGCUGCACACACAGCUCUGCAUCUGACAGCCACGUGUGUAAAUUCUGCAAAAAAAGCUUCCUAUCAAAGUUAAACACAGGAUUAAGUGUUUGAUAUGGCACAGUUUCAUAGUUAGGGCACUACUUCAAGUGUGUGUUUAGUUGACUCUGAAAACAAGUCCAAAAUAAACUUUUG